AUGAGCCUCGCUCGCCACGUAGGAUUUGCACACGUCGUCGAAGGCAACUAUACACAAGCCGUCAGUUUGUUCAAACUAGCCAUCAACGAUGCAGCUUCACACAAGGGCACUCGACCGAGCCUCAGCUGCAUGCAGAAAGUCGACAACGCGCAGGCUUUGAGGCUGUUCGAAUUGCAGCGAGCUUUCGGCCUUUGUUACGAGGCUAUGGGCCGGGCCGAGGAUAUGACAAAAUCGUUUGAAGCAGCGGUGGCUUGCUACAAAGACACAGCCUUGGAAAUGGACGAAGAGAAAGACAGAGAUACUUUCUAUCGUCACGAAGCUCGUGCUCUCUUCGAAGUCGGCCUCGUAGUAGAAAACUUCGGGCAGAAAGAGGAACCUCUUGCCAUGCUAUCACGUGCCGUUGAGCUGUUCGAGAAAGCAUCGUUUGAUACUGAUGUCGAUGUGCAAUCAUCUGAAGCAGCGGAGGCUGCUGAAGCGGUUCAGAGACUCUCAAUAACCGGCGAUUCGAGUGCUAAGUCAACUCCUGACUUGAAAGAAAAAUCCGGGGAAAUGCGGCCGCAGAGAAGAAUUUCGUUGAAGUACACAACGGACUGGUACUGCUUCAAACAAUGGGAAUCGCCACGAAAGAAGUGUGGUAGGGACUGGAAUCAGGUUUCAUUCACGAACAAGUUCAAGAUCCGUAAUGGUGAUCGGACAUUUAUUGCUCCAUGGGGGUUUGGGCAUGGAGAGUAA